ACCAAUGGCCAACCAUGCAAAACUCGUCGAUCAGGAAAUUUAUCGAAGUCCGGUUGAUGAUUUUGAGCUCAACUACCAGGAGUACCUAAAUGAUGAUGAUGACGACAAACAAGAGGCUCCGGUGGCAGUGAGCAAGGCUCCGAAGGGAAAAGGGUCCAAUCAUGGGUUGGGUUGCCGGAUGAAAGGUCUUUUCGACGGAUUCGGCGGCACCGACCUGAAAACCAUAAUGCGGCAUUUGCGUCGAAGACGUCCAAAAAGCGGCCAGGCCCUGACAAACUUCAUGUUGUCAGGAAACAUGGAAAAAGUCGUAGAUCAGCAUGUCAAAGACUUUGUCCAUCAUUUUGGACGGAUCAAUCCGGAAAAUGGCAGAAUUAUGGGCGCCCUGCGUGGCAACGACUUUUUCAAUUUUGGAGGACUCCAUAAUAAUUUGGGAAAUACCGGAAAAGUCUAUCUGGACAACUUGAUGAAAGGAAAAUGUGGGAAGAAACGGAAAGUGCACAAGUUUAAGCCAAUCGUUGUGGAAGAGCUCGACUUUGGAGCGCCAAAGCCGGCAGUGCCGGCGACGCCCAAAGCUCCGGUGGCUCCGGUGGCUCCAGUGAUCCCUGCCCCAGCAGUGACUCCGCAAAAACCAAAAGUUGACGAGCCAACCUACGCCGAUUCCGUCUCCGAUUUCGGCCUAGAUUUCGAGACAGAACGUGAGAAAUGUCUCCGGAAUAAGACACUAUUUGAGGAUCCAGAGUUUCCAGCAACCGCCGCAUCCCUUUACUACCGUACCCCACCACGUGACAGAAUAAUUUGGAAACGCCCCGGUGAGAUUAUUGCCAAUCCACAGCUGAUUACGCAAGGAGAAUCGAGAUUUGAUGUGAAGCAGGGAGCAUUGGGUGAUUGCUGGUUUUUGGCGGCUCUGGCAAAUAUCACGUUGUAUGAUGCGUUGUUUUAUCGAAUUGUGCCGCCAAAUCAAAGUUUUACGGAGAAUUAUGCAGGAAUCUUCCAUUUUCAAUUUUGGCACUAUGGAAAAUGGGUUGACGUGGUGGUUGAUGACCGUUUACCAACAGUUAAUAACCAACUAUACUACCUCCAUUCGGCUGACAAUACUGAAUUUUGGAGUGCUCUCGUGGAAAAAGCCUAUGCUAAACUUCACGGAGGAUAUGAGAAUUUGGAUGGUGGAACUACUGCUGAAGCAUUGGAAGAUUUCACUGGAGGCCUCACCGAGUAUUUUGAUUUGAGAAAAAGUGAAAAGGCAGCUGUUUUGGCCGCGUUGGUGAAGGGCAUGGAGAUGGGAAGUCUUUUUGGGUGCUCUAUUGAUGCCGACGCCAACAUCAAAGAAGCUCAACUCCGCAAUGGCUUAGUAUGUGGACAUGCUUACAGUAUAACUGCCAUUCAUAGUAUCACAUACUACGGUGAAGACACUACCCUCUUGAGACUACGCAAUCCUUGGGGGAAUGAGAAGGAAUGGAACGGCGCAUGGAGCGAUGGUUCAUCUGAAUGGAGCAAAAUCGACGAGGCAACUAAAAAACAAAUCGAUGUGCAAUUCGCAAGAGACGGUGAAUUCUGGAUGUCUUUUGAGGAUUUCUUCUCCAACUUUACACAAAUGGAAGUUUGUAAUCUGACUGCGGAGAUUUUCGAUGAAAUCGCUGAAAUGACUGGCGUCAACAGAGCAACUGAGACAGUCGAGGAGGAACAUCAGUGGCAUGAGAUCAUGGAGGACGGGGAAUGGAGUUCUAAAAAAGGCACAGCUGGAGGCUGCAACAACAACCCAUCUACCUACCCCAAGAACCCUCAAUUCUCCACUUUCUUCACAGCACCACAAUCCUCUAUUGAAGCCGACGGGAAUGUUACCGUAAUCGUUGCAGUUCUACAAAAGUACAGAAGAGAGCUCCGUUCAAAGGGCAAAGAUGUCCUGCCAAUUGGUGUAUCGAUCUACUCACUUGGCGCCGAAGGCACCGCCCGGAGCCCUCUAACCGCCCAGUUCUUCUCGCAAAACCGCCCGAUCGCCCGAACUACAGUAUUCGUGAAUACUAGAGAGGUUACUGUAAGAUUCCGUGUACCACCUGGGCAAUAUGUCAUUGUCCCAUGUACCUUUGAUGCUUACGAUGAUGCCGAGUUUCUGCUCAGAGUCUAUGCUAAUGGAACUUUGAAAUCUAGCCUGCUGUAAAUCAAUAAUGCCCAGUUUUGCCGCCGAAUGAUGAGAUUUUCGAAUACUUUGCAAUUUUAAUUUUUUUCAAAAUUAUAAAUUUUCCGCCAAAACUUUAAAUGCUUUGCUUCUUCAAAUAAAAUUUUAUCGAUUUCCCGAUAAGUUAUCGAUU